AUGGCUUACUAUGAGCAGUGCAAACAGCCCUGCCUGCCCCCUCCCAUUUGUGUUCAGAAAUGCACCAAGUGUGUGGAGCCCUGCAAGACGGUGUGUGUGGAGCCCUGUGACAGCAUCUGCGUGAAGCCGUGUUCCACCCCAUGCGUGGAGGUCUGCACAACACCCUGUGCAACCCAGUGCACCACAUCCUGCACCACCCAGUGCGUGGAGCCUUGUCCCACCCAGUGCACCACCACCUGCAGCACCCAGUGCGUGGAGCCUUGUGCCACCCAGUGUGCCACCACCUGCAGCACCCAGUGCGUGGAGCCCUGCAGCACCCAGUGUGUGGAGGUCUGCCCCCCUAAGUGCAUCGAUGUCUGUGUAAAGCCAUGUGCCACUCAGUGCGUGGAGCCUUGUGCCACCCAGUGCUGCACCAAGUGUGUGGAGCCCUGCCCACCCCCAUGUGUGGAGGUGUGUACCACCAAGUGUGUUGAUUCAUGUGAUACGGUGUGCCUGGAGCCGUGUAGCACUGUCUGCUCUCGCCCAUGCUGA